GUUCAUCUGAUCAUCACUUCCGCAAGACCGCACAACAGAUAACAUGGAGACCAACCCACGCGGUAUUCCCAAAGCACCAUUCGUCGAGAAUGUGGAGGACCAUGUCACCGAGCAGGAGCCUGUCGAGAUUGUCCUCAGGAAGUUUCAGGAGGCUGUGGCCAAGUACAAGUUCAUGGAGGUGAACAUGCUGCAGCGCAAGCGUAAUCUUGACGCCAAGAUCCCCGAGAUUCGCAAGACCCUGGAAAUGGUUCAAUUCCUGCAGUCGCAGGCUGAAGAAGACGAGGACAAGGAGAUCGAAACGCUAUACGAGUUGAACGACACAUUAUACGCCACUGCCAAGGUUAUGCCUACAGGAAAGGUCUGCUUGUGGCUCGGGGCAAAUGUUAUGCUGGAAUACCCUGUUGGGGAGGCCGCAGAACUGUUGGCUUCGAAGCUGGAGGCCGCGUUGAAGACACUAAAGAAUACGGAGGAGGAUUUGGUUUACUUGCGAGACCAGAUUACUACCAUGGAAGUCAACACCGCCCGUGUCUACAACUGGGACGUGAAACAGCGGCGCCUAGCAAGAGUCAAGGCUGAAGCAGCAGGAGAAGAAUAAAGACCAUGCAGGCAUACAGCUGCAUCGUCAAAAAUGACCGAUUAUGUGAACAUGGUACCACCACAGUUUCCUACCUCAGUUUUGAGGGUCAAGAAUGCCUUUUCAGUCAAUGAGCGGCUAGAAUUAUA